CAUUGCUAAAAUUGAUCAGUGGACGUAACUAGAUACUUUAUUGACACGCACUGCACUGUAGGGGACUUUACUUCAUACAUUUGGCACAAGCAGAUCUAAAGAAUCAGCACUAUGGAAACAGAGUAUUCCAAAAGAGUCUACCAAGGGGUGCGAGUCAAACAUACAGUGAAAGACCUUUUGGCCGAGAAACGAUCCAGACAGACCAAUGUGCCCCGCUACAGUGGAGGAUCGAGUCCUUCUCAGCCGGGAUUUGUCCAAAUGCCAGGAUCCCACAUGCUUCCUGGUUACUACGGCAUGAGGCGACCCUUCAUCUCAGACUCCGAGUUCUGCCACCCCGGCAAGCAGUUCCAGGCGGAGGUGUACGCCUCGUCGCUGGGGUGCAAGGGGCUCCCCACCGACGCCUCCUUGGUGGCUGGCUACUCCUCCCUGACUGAAAGCUACUACCCCGAGUCCUUCGGAGAUUACCGCAACACCGCCUUCCCCAGCGGAGGGAGCUCCAUCUUCCCACCCUCGGCGCUCUCCUCCCUGCUGCCCCCCUUCUCUGGAGACUCACACUUCAUCCUGAGGGACUCCUGGGACCAGCCCGCCGCGGACAGCGUGAGCCCGGGGGAGGGGCUGUGUGCCGACAGCCUGGCCAACGUGCAAGCCCCCGCCUCCGUCGCCGGGCCGGACUCCGGGAGCCCCUCGCCGUACAGGGGGUCCAACCGAGGCUCCAGCCUCUCCUCCUCUCAGAACUACCCCUUCCACCCGCUGGAGGAGGUGCACUACUCCGCCCCUUACGCCAGCACCUCAGGCUAUGCCUGCUCCCCUUACAUGACUGUCCCCAGCGACCUGCCCUCCAAAAUGCCCACACUGUCGGGGGAGGAGUCGGACAGCGCCCCGGCGACGCUCAGCGACCCCACGCCCUGGCAGAAGGACGACGGCACCAGCACGUGGUCUCCGUAUGACAUUCGGAGGACCUACUGAGGGACUACUGGCAGUGGACACAGUGCUACUUCUGCUGGACAAAGCCCCGCCUCUCUGCCUCUCCAAAAGCCCGAGGCGCAGGACUGUACCCCUAAACAACACAACAUAAUUACCCUCGCAUUUCAUGCCCAAGUCUUGGCUUUAAAAAUUGAAGGAGUCUUGCUUUUUCUUUUUUUUUUUCUUUCUGUAGCAAUGCAACAACAACACUGCUGAAGUGUAGAAGUAUUGUACAUAUAUGUAUGUGGUAGAGGGAGUUAUUGCAGUUAUUGAAUUAAUGGUCUUCUAGGUGCAUUUCACAACAGGCUGUAGGUCAUUUCUCUAGUGAGUCAGGGGCAGAAAAUUAACAAACAAAAAAAAAUCUACUCAGAUUUCAGAACUCAGAACAAAAAAGAAACAAGAAUGAGGAAAAAGAAAAGGUUUUCAUGAGUCACAUUGACAUAUGCAUUCAGAACCCAUUUUAAAUAAAUAUGUAGGGAUGGCUUCUUAUGAGAACUACAUUGGUGUUUUGGAACAAAAACAUUUCUUUAAAUUCUUUCCAGAAUUAAACAAUUUGAAUGGAA